UCUAGUUCCCUGAAGCGGUACAAAAUUUGUACGUUGCUCAUUAAUUGCGUGUCUCACUUGAUGCGAACGAAACAGUGCAGCGGAAAUAUUGUUGCGAAACCGAGGGGUUAAGAAUGUAAUUUUAAAUGUAAACUGUUGUUUCAAAUCGUAAUUCUCGAAUUUGCAGUUUGUUGAUCAAUUUAAAUACACUCUGAAUUGUUGGGAGAGAUCGUGUAACCUAAAUGUUAGUUGAAAGCCUUCGAUAUGAAUAAAGAAAGUGUGGAGUGUCCAAUUUGCUGCAAAGGAUUUUCCUUGUCAGAGAUUGAAUCACACGUCAGUAGGUGCCUCUUCUUGAAUGAUUCCUCUACAAAGGAAUUCAAAGAGUCUCUGAAGCGAUUGACUUCUAAUUCCAUGGGAGGAUGUCCCAGCAAAAUGCCCAGCCCAUCUUCAACCAAGAGUCCUUCUAUAAAGAGAGUUAAGAAUCGAGGGACCAAUGGAGGAAAAAGUAAUAGUAAAACUUGUACUACUCCUUGCAUAGAUACACACCGACAACUCACGUCAGAUUAUGUUCCUUGCAACGAACCCAAUCAAAUGAAAUUAGUCAAAAUGGUGCCCCUUGCAGAAAGAAUGAGGCCCACGACAUUACAAAGAUAUGUAGGACAGGAACAUAUCCUCGGUCCUAGAAGUGUAUUAUUCCAAUUAUUAGAGAAAGCUGAAAUUCCUAAUAUUAUUUUGUGGGGUCCUCCAGGAUGUGGAAAAACCUCAUUGGCAAAUGUAAUAGCAAAUAUAUGCAAGCAAACACCAAAAAGUAAGCAACGUUAUGUGAAACUAUCGGCGGCGAUGUCAGGUGUGAGUGACGUUAAAGAAGCAAUUAAUAUUGCAACGAAUGAACUUAAAUUUGGUAGACGAACAGUGAUGUUUAUGGACGAAAUCCAUCGUUUUAAUAAACUUCAGCAAGAUAUAUUCCUGCCCCAUGUUGAAGCGGGGACAAUCACUUUAAUCGGAGCUACUACAGAAAAUCCAUCUUUCAGUCUAAAUUCUGCCCUUCUGAGUCGUUGUCGCGUAAUUGUACUUGAAAAACUAACAACACCUAAUUUGAUCUCAAUUUUGAAACACGCUGUAUCUUCUCUUGAAGGAAUGAUUCAUUUGCCUUCAAAUUCAAACAGUGUCGUAACAAAGGAAGGUUCUGCUUUGGAACAAUCCAAUAUCAUUGCAGAUGUACCAACAUUUGUAAUAGAUGAUGCAACUAUACAGUGGUUAGCAGAAACCUGUGAUGGAGAUGCGCGAAUUGCUCUCGGUGGCUUAGAGUUAGCGGUGCAAUCGAAAGUGCCAGACAAAAUUGAAUCUGUCAAAGAAGGUCCAGGAUUAAUUACAUUAGAAGAUGUCCAGGAAAGUCUCAAAAAGACGCAUAUGCUGUACGACAAGAAAGGAGAUCAGCAUUAUGAUAUGAUUUCUGCUCUACAUAAAUCUGUGAGAGCCAGUGAUGACAAUGCAGCCCUGUACUGGUUGACAAGGAUGAUAUCCGGUGGAGAAGACCCGGUAUACAUUGCACGGCGGAUGGUAAGGAUGGCCUGCGAAGACAUUGGUCUGGAGGAUCCAAAAGCUUUAGGAGUUGCAGUACACACUAUGCAUGCCUGUAAAAUGAUUGGCAUGCCAGACUGUGAUGUACUUUUAGCACAAUGCGCUACAUACUUGGCUCGGGCCCCUAAAUCUCGGCUUAUGGAGGAUGCACUUCGAGCAGCCCAAAGGCUCAUAGAGAACCAUAAAGGUCCACAGCCUGUGGUACCGUUACCUCUAAGAAAUGCUCCAACAAAACUUAUGGGACAGUUGGGAUAUGGGAAAGGCUACAAUACAUUGCAGAAAGAUAAAUCUGGCUUCAAUUACCUACCGGAAGAUUUGGAAGAAGUCGACUUCUUCCAGGCUUAUACUUCAUUUAACGGGAAUUAAAAUGAUCCUCACGCUGCAGAUAUUACCAGUGAUAAAGAUUUUAAAUACACAUGAUAAUUUAUAUUUUAUUAACCUGACAUUUAACUUGUACGUUGAUUUUUUCAUGCUAUUCAAUUAUAUGAUGCGGUUUCAAAUUUAAAAAAAAAAA